CGCGGUAGAGCAUGGGGACGGUGCGGAAAGUGCUGACCGUGGUCGCGAUGGUGGGCGCGGGGAUUGGCCUGGGCUCCGCUCUCUUUGCUCUCGUGACCCCGGGAGAGCUGCAGAAACAGGCGAUGCUAAAGGAGAUGCCGGAGAAGGACCCGCGGCGCAGAGACGAGGUGGCCAGGACCCAGGAGCUGGUGAUGGCCACUCUGCAGGAAGCAGCGGCCACGCAGGAGAACGUGGCCUGGAGGAAGAACUGGACGGUCGGCAGCGGCGGGAGGUCAGCGUGAGACCGGACUUGCCCCCUUGAGCCCUGGGACCUCAGCUCGGGCGCAGGUGCCCGAGGCGGACUUCAUCCUCCGUGGGCCCGACGGGGAGUUCGGACACGGGAUGCCGCGCGGAGGACUCUGGGGGCCGGAGGAGCUGCCGCCGGGUGGGCACGUUACUCCCAAACACUGCACUGAUUGCUAUACCGCCCACAUCGCGCGCCGGGGCCGAGACAGGGGUCGGACGUGGAGAAUAGAAGGAACCAAUAAAUCACGUUCCCCCACCCAGA